CCGGGGCUGCCCCGGUGGCUGCCGGCUCUGUCAUGACCCGAUGGGCUCGACGAAGCGGUCCUCCCGGCUCAAAGGCGCUGGCUGCGACACCCUGGGAGGAGAUGGGGAACGGCCCCCAGGGGCAGGAGGGCCGUUCGGGCCCCCUCUCCCUGAAGAAGGAGCAAGAGAAGAGGAAAAAGAAGAACAAAAAGAAAAAGGACUAUCUGAACGAAGACGUUAACGGGUUUGCGGCUUACCUGAAGCAAAGCUUGCAGAGUGGCGAAGUGGCCGAAGCGGACAGUGCCGAGCUGGAGAAGGAGGUAGCGCUAGCCUUGAAGAAGGACAAGCGGCGGGAGGAUAGGAGGCUGAAGAGAAAAGAAAAUAAGAAAAAUGCUAUGGUGUGUUUCCACUGUAGAGAACCUGGCCAUGGUGUUGCUGAUUGUCCUGCAGUACUUGAAAGUGAAGAUAUGGGUACAGGAAUCUGUUACCGGUGCGGAUCCACAGAACAUGACAUUGGCAAAUGCAGAGCAAAAGUAGAUCCAGCUGUUGGACCAUUUCCAUAUGCCAAGUGUUUCAUCUGUGCUGAGAUGGGGCAUCUAUCAAGGUCAUGUCCAGACAAUCCCAAGGGACUGUAUGCUGAAGGUGGCGGCUGCAAACUUUGUGGCUCUGUGGAACACUUCAAAAAAGACUGUCCAGAGAAACAGAAUGCAGAUCAGGUUACGGUUGGGCGCUGGGCCUGUGGAAUGAGUGCAGACUAUGAAGAAAUUACAGAGGCACCAAAACCACAAAAGCCAAAAGUGAAAGUGGCCAAAGUUGUUACUUUUUGAAGGCCACUUGGGUCUGAACCACAGUUGCACUGCACUGCUUCAUUCCAGAGUGGGGACUAGACAGAGUGGAUUGCUGGUACCAGGACACCCAGCAGACUCCUGCUGCUAAAAUGCCCUUUUUUGUUCCCCUUCAUCUCUUCAGUUUGCCUCCAGACUCUCCUAGCUCACUGAAAAGCUGGGGACAAAAAUACAGCAAAUGUGUAUUUUACUUUGAUAUGUCUCUGCCGAAAGGAAAGUGCACAAAAAUCUCAAGUUUCUAUCCCUUGGUGAGCUGGGAGAAAACUUUGUGUUAUUUGUGCCUGCUUAAUGGCAGAUUUAUUUGUUUUUAAAUGGAGAAAAAGCUAAGAAACCAGCUCAGGAACAGAGUUCUUGCUGCGGCUCUUCAGAUGCUGUAAUAACUCAGCCUCUGCAGCCAGAGGUGGUGGGCUGUCAGUUGUGUCUGAUAUCUCACCUGGGAUGAU